AUGCAGAUAAAAUAUUUUAUCUUUUUUAUAUUGACUUGCUCCGCUUAUUUGAUUUGGGGUGCUCCACUAACAUAUCAGACAAACGCUGAUCUUGAAUGGCUAUUCACACCCUUGAAUGAAGCAACAAACGCAGGCUUUUCGUAUCUAAGAGAGUUGAGGACAGGUACCCCUAGGCUAUACUUUGGUAAAUUUAAUGAUGGUGGUACGAAUUUCCCGAGACCCAAUAGACUCUGGAAUGGAAAUAUAUUUGAAGGGCAAGAAAUCGAUGUAGCUGAGCCUUCAGCAUCACUAAAUAUGGGAACAUUCUUUGGACUGGGAAUGUGGAUCUAUAUCAUGGACAUUACAGGAACUCAUACCUUGUUUUGUAAAUAGAAUCCUAAUGCUACUCAUCCUGGAAUCAGUCUUUGUCUGAGCUUUGAUGUGAAUAAAUUCUAUUGGACAGUGAAAGAUGGUUCUCUCUUAGGUGCAUAAUCUACUCUAUUAUUCGAUGUAGAUAUGCUCGAUGAUGUGCCAAUGACAGAUAUGGUUCCCAAACUUGGAUGGCAGUAUGUAGCAUUUAACAUCUAUGCGGAGGGUAAUCGGACUUCCUUCGGAGGAUAUUACUUUACGGAUACUCUGAAGUCUUAUAAUUAGACUAAAACAUAUCGGUCUGUUUAUUCUUGGAAAGAUGACCCGCUAAAUUUUCUCAGUAUAGGAGGCAUGAUGGCCACCACAUCUUCUGUCAAAAAUCCGUUCGUCGGAAUUGUCUAGCAUAUUUAACUUUACAAAAAAAACCUAGGAAAAUUCUAAAUAUUUGACUAGUAUACGUACAAAUGCCAGCCUUAUUGCAAUUUAUGUAAGGUCUCUGAUAUCCCAAUGUGCAUCUAAUAAUAUGAAAGAUCUAUUCUAGCAUGGUUUAACCGUCCUUUGGAUCCACUAACUUAGGAUACCUACUAUAAUGAACCUACAAAUACAACUGAUCCCAUUUAUGUAGACAAAUAAGGAUUAUUUUUUGAUCAUCCAGCUAAAUUUGUCUAAAGAAGCGCAGCUUUUAACUACAACAAUCAUCCGACUCUUCCAAAUGCCUAGGGAAAUAUUUAGAGUUUUACCGUUGAAACUUGGAUUAGAUUUAAUUAUUCUGCCUCCAUUGUCAAUAACAUGUACGUCGUAAGAAAAUUAAAUGGAGCUCAUUACUUUUCAAUGGGAUUUGAUCUUGGCCCAAGAGUAUCAGUAUCAAUGAAUGCAAUCUAUUUCUAUGUCCCAUUGACCUCAAUGGCUACCUAGCUAAAUGCAACUUGGUAUUUCUUCUCAACUACGAUUAUGAAAAUUAAUAACUUCCAAUCAAAGUAUUGCAUUUUAUUCUAUGAUAUCUGGUCAUGCAAUAUAUAUAAUCAAAUCUUUGUUGAUACUAAUAAAGCAGCUUAACUUAGAAUCGGUCAGGGAUUCUUAGGUAUUAUUAGAAAAGUCAAGAUCUUCGAAUAUCCAAAGAUUGAAUGGGAAAUCAAGCACAACUAGAGAUUAACAUGUAUAUAUUUUUAAGUAAUAUUUACUAUAGAUAAUGGAGGAUGUCUUCCGUUUGAUGGAAGAAUGUGUAAAUAGUGCGACAUUGAGUUUAGAUCAAAUGACACUGAUUUUAGAUAUAAUUGCUUCUCAGAUUGCUAAGAACAUCAAUGGAAUAUUGACUGCAGAGUUUGCCAUAAAGAUUGCCGGUCUUGCUAUGGUUUUGAUGAGUACUAAUGUCUGUCUUGCUAUGAUUGGGAUUAUGAUCUGCAUACUCCUGGCACAAGAUGUAUUGAAGAAUGUGGAGAUGGUAAAUAAAUGGGUUAUCAUGAGUGUGAUGAUGGUAAUCUGAAUAAUAAUGAUGGAUGCAGUAACUAUUGCAAAGUAGAGCGAGGAUGGCAUUGCAAUGGUGGAACUCCUACUACAGCUGAUGUCUGCUAUGAAGUUUGUGGAGAUAGUCGAAGAGUAUUAUAAUAAUGCGACGAUGGAAACACAAAAAGUGGAGAUGGGUGCUCGUCCACAUGCCUUGUUGAAACAGGAUAUACUUGUCUUGGAGGAGGACUUACUUAUAGAGAUGUGUGCUUUGAGACGUGCGGAGAUUCAAGAAAUCGAGGUAAUUACGACUGCGAUGAUGGAAAUACUGUUAGUAAUGAUGGAUGUUCAAAAGCUUGCUAAUAAGAGCUUGGAUGGAAAUGCUCAGGAGGAAGCUUUACUGCUAGAGAUACAUGCGUUCCCACUUGUGGAGAUGGCUUAUUCAGGGGUACAGAAGGAUGCGAUGAUGGAAAUUUAGUUAAUGGUGAUGGCUGUACUUCUUUAUGCGCAAUAGAGUAUGGUUGGAAAUGUAAUUAAAAAUCAGUAUUACUGCCAUCUGAUUGCUAUAAGAUUACUUGGCCAAAAUUCAUAGAUUAUUGGAUUGUUGACAAUUCAGCUCUCUAUAUAAAGUUUAACGAGACCAUUGUAAUUGGAAGCACUUGGAAUGAGUCUGAUUGGAGUAUUGAAAUUGAUGGUCCUAUUCCACCAUACAACUUUGAAUGGAGUUUGCGAAAUAAAAAUGGAUUAAAGUCAACACCAGAUAAUCCCAUAAUUAUCGACUUAGACAUUCCUUCUUAACUUUAUGGACUUGAGGAUGAUAAAACAGGAAAUGAUUGUGGAACAAAUGCUUAUAGAUCUAUAGUUUUUGCACUACUCUACAUUAACUUUGGAUUAGCUAUUUUGAUGGCUUUGCUGCUCUAGACAACUGCUGCACUUUUUCAUUUGCUAGGCAAUAUUUAAAUCUUGGGAAUGGCUGUAAUGUACUAAGCAGUAUAUCCAACUUGCCUAGUUAAUUAUUUCAAAACACUUUUACAAGUUGGGCUAAGAUUUACUUUGAUUGGUGGCUCUCUAUUUGGUGGAUUCGUUGAUGAAUCAAGUUUCUCAAAUAUCGCCCCUGAUUAUAAAUACACAAGAAUAGGUUAUACAUCUUCUUCAAUUCUUCAAUAGAGCGGGGAUCUAAUUAUUCUUUGGGCUGCUCUCUUUGUUCUUUAUUGCAUAUUCUUCGCUAUUGAGUUUGUCUUGCAAUCAGUCCCAUAUAUUAGAAAUCUAUGCUAAAGAUACAGAUACAACUUUUUCAAUGCUGGAAUGAAUUUUACUUUCGUGAAAAUGAGCUUUGAUACUUGCUUCUCUAUUCUAUUUAUUGCUGCAGAAAAUGAAGAUCAAAAGAUUUCUACAGCAACAACUGUAGCAGUAGCGGUAUUUGUCCUGACUUAUCCCGCUUGGCUAGCAUAUUAAGGCGGAGUUUACAUGAGAGAACUUAGUGAGGUCGAUAAAGAUGAUAAAGUAACUAGUUACAGAGCCCAGCAUAUCUUUGUCGAGUACGAUACUUCUCACCCCACUUGCUACUUUUAUAUUCUUUCUUAAUGUAUAAAGAAGGCUUUAUUCGUUCUUAUUGCUAUUUCUAUGUUCAGAUAUUACUGUUAUGCAUUAGCACUAUCCUGCGUUAUAUAGUUUAUUUCGCUUAUGUAUAUGGCCUAUGUUAGACCAUUUAAAUCAAAUCUGAACAAUAUUAUCGUGAUAUUUGAGGAUUUUAUGACUUUAGUUUGUUUCCUUGUAUUAGUUAGAUAUGCAAAUAAAGAUUCAGUCAUUGACUUUGCCACUUCUUAAGAGUAUGCAAAAAUGUUCUCAUUCUACGUUUUAAUCUUGAUUAUUGUUCCUCCGAUUCUUGCAUUUAUGGAGCUAAUUAGAAUGCUGAGAUACUUAAGAGAAAUUUGUAAUUGGAAUAGAGAUAUGAAAGAUGAUAAGGAUUCAUUUGAAAGUUCAUAGCCAACAGAGAAAGAAUAGGAAUCUGAAGACCUCCUAAAGAAUGAAAAAACUGAAGAUAGUUUGGUAGAAAAAGAGAUAUCUUUGAGUAGUAGUGAAGAUGAGUAUGUUCCAAGAAAAGAAAGGGAUCCAAAUGAACCAAACUCUCUAGAUAGAGACCAAGUAGAUGAUAUGUCAGAAGAUGAUGUAGAUUAGCAACCACAAUAAUAAUAAUAAAGAGAAUAGCCUAAAUAAGAAUACAACACAAACACUAGAAGUGAAUUAAAGACUACCUCAACUCCAGCCAGAAAGUCCCCUGCUGUUUAACAGCCCACUAAAAUUGUUACUCCUCAGCAAAAGUAAUAGCCAUAACUAACAGAUUCUAAAUUUGAUGCUCUUGAUUUUUCUUCUGUCCCUGGAGAGGCAGCAAAAGUUAAGGAUAGACUUCCAGAUUUAAAGAAAACACCUAAUAUGGAUUGA